ACUAACGCUUGCAGGUGCACAAUCCCAGUGUUACCGCAAGUAGUAGCUAUUUAGUCUUGUAACUAGGUUUCACCACAUCAAAAGACGCGAAAGCGCAUCCGCUGUACCACAGCUAGUACCACACUUUGUAAGCUGGUUAUAUGCGCUUUAGUUAUUUUAUGUACGGCUCUGCCUAACGCAUCAUUACAAAUUAUCAUAACUGCUGGGGGAAUGCGUGUACGAUGACAACAAGGAGAUUCUUUUAACAGAAUACAAGGUUGGGACUGAACAAAGGGCCUAGCACUAUUCUUUUAUUCCGUAGAAGUAAUAAUAAGCCAGAUACACCGGAGCUGUAAGAAGACUCAGCUGACCGCUAAAUCUGCAGUGUAUGCGCCAAUCGGAAUGUUGACUGCUGUUACUAAGGCCUUCCUUGUCCCUGCCGCUGCAGCGGGAGGCGUGGAUGGGAGAUACGACGGUCCACGGUGGUAGCCGGUUGGCAGUAGCCGGCCGGCUGUCCGCUUUCUCUGCCACCUACCGCACUUUUUGGCCCGAGAUUGCACGGCUCCUCCCUGUUAGAAGUGAAGCUGAUGUCAAGCUAUUAAUACUCCGGUAGGGUGUUUCGGAUUUCUGGAGCCCCACCUUUUUUUUCUGUCUUACUGCCGUAAAGUUUGCUUCCUGUUCUCCAGGUCGGUGUCCCCGAGGCUGGCGGCCUGAGCUGGUGUCCCUUGCUAUUAUUGGCGUAAAUAGAGCCGUUGCUGCUAUGGGCUCGCUGGCAUCUCUAAUGCUGUCUGCAGUGACUGCCUUGACAAGGGACUCCAGUGAUGAAAUAACAGUUUCUAAGUAUGUGUGGGACGUCCUAAAUGAAGAGAACCCUACGGAAAUAGAAAGGCUUAAAGCUGAGCACGAGACUGCUAUAUUAUCACAUGGGGAAACACUGGACACAUAUACAUUUAGACUGAGACAUUCCUCUGGAGCAGCCCAUGCUAGGAGCAGCCUGUUUUUGGUCAAAAGGGCACUGAGAUCAACUCUACAAAAAACUGAGAGAGAACUAAAAAAAUCACAGAAAGAUGAGGCUAGAGCUCGCCAUUCAGUGGCAAUUAGUGAUCGCCCAAGUAGAGUGCUGACGACAAUGUCUCAUGGUGGCAUUGUGCAGACUUCAUGUAGCUCAAAAAUAAUCUUUACAGAUCUCAAGAGGAGUGUUUCAAAGGAAGAAGCUGCCUCAUCAAAUAGCCAAGACAAUAUCUGUCCAGUUUGCUUGGGAGAAAUUGAGAAGAAGAUGACACUAGAAAAGUGUGGCCACUCCUUCUGUGAGGAGUGUAUUGCUCGUGCCUGGGAAGUUAAGAAGACCUGCCCCUUGUGUGGACGUUUUUAUGGCAAAGUUUUUGGUAACCAGCCAGUAGAUGGGAGGAUGGUGAUCAGAAAAGACUGUGGCUUGCAUUUACCUGGUUAUGAGGAGCAUGGCACUAUAGUAAUAGAGUACAGUUUUCCUGCCGGAAUUCAAGGGCCAGAACAUCCAAAUCCUGGCACCCCUUACCCAGGAACAUUGCGGAUUGCUUUUCUUCCUGACAGUCCAGAGGGAAACAAAGUUGCAGGCCUUUUGAAGAAGGCCUUUGAUCAGCGACUGACCUUCACAAUUGGAACUUCGAUGACAACAGGUCAAACCAAUGUUAUAACAUGGAAUGACAUUCAUCAUAAAACCAGUGGCUGGGGAGGCCCCAGAUUUUUUGGUUAUCCUGACCCAACAUAUCUGGCCAGAGUCAGAGAAGAACUGUGGGCCAAAGGAAUCACUGAGGACUGAUGAAAAAGGCAGCAAGUGCCUGUUUAUGGACUUGUUGGUUAACAGCUAAUCAAUGGACCAACACUAAUUGCUGCUCAGUCACUUGUAACGACAUCUCUGAACAGUACGGAUAAACCACCACACACAGUAUAACUAAGCAAAUGCAAUUGUAUGACGUCAUCCAUUGUCUUUGUGUGUAGUAUUUUAUACUGGUAGAAGGGCUACAGAUUUUGUGAUCCAAGUUACUGCAAUGUGUUUACACAUGCACCUUAGAAUACAUAUGUUCUUGGGUCAGUGCUCUGUAUUCAACACUUUGUAUUCAUAUUCUGUUCCAUGAGGUAAAUUAAUCAGUUUACAGUAGUUUUAAGUUUUUACAGAUUUGAGAUGGAUGGUGCAAUAUUUUUAAUUAUAUUUCAUUAUAGUGCACAGUGCUGCUUGGGCCACUGAGAAGUUUAAUGUGCUGUUAAGUCAGCUUGAAGGAUAAAGUAUUGUGCGUCUUGAUUGUGUUGGUACUUUCGAGUGAGAUAUCAGGGAGUUCCAAGUAGACUCUGAAAAUGAUCACUGUCCAAGUAUCCACUAAGAAAGUACAUUACAAAAGGUGCUGUGAAGAACCCUGUCUCUACCUCUUUUUGGAUAGACACAUGGACAUGAUCAUGAAAUAUGCAAGAGCGGAAGAGGUGCUUCAGGGUAAGAUUCCCUAAAUGAGGACUGCAGAGCUAAAUAAGUUAACAGGGAUAUAGGAAGCAUCCUUUGAUGUAACCAGGUGAUAAUGACAAGAUGUUUGGGGUGUCUGUGGAAAUCCAAGACCAAAACUGCGAUCAAGGUGAAGAAAUGGUAAGAAGUUUGGGGUUGAAGUAUCUUCCAGUAUUUCCCCUAGUCCAAAAUGCAUUGAUCUCGGAGUUUGUAUAGUAGUGGUAUGGGGGUGCAUUGAGUGAAACUUCCCUUCAAAAAAUGUUUUAACCGUGUCAUAGUGAUUUUGGGAAUUUGCUGGGGUUUUUUUUGUUUGUUUUGUUUUUUAAUUGCAAUUUAUUUUUCCAAGUGUCAAGAUUGAGAUGUUCGGUUUCACAUUUCAGAUAGAAAGUUAGAGAUUCUCCAAGGGCUUUUAGCAGCAAAUGAAAAUGAAAGUUACAUGCUUAUUUAUAAAUUCACACGUUGAAACUGAGCAGUUUGCCUCAUCUGAUAUGUGUGCCCCCUUUAUACUAGAAAACUAAAGAUUUAUAUCAUUAAACCAAGAAUCUACUUAACAAAGCUAUUACUGGGUUAUAGUCUUUUGUUGUGUCCAAAAUGGUAACAUAUUUUAAAUUUCACUUGUUCCUAAACCCCCUCCCUUCUCAUCACCAACAAAUCUUAAAAAAAAAAUGUAUUAAUCAUGGAUCAGUUAGACUGAUUUAAGAUGUCAGUGCUGUACUACUGCUCUCUGAAGAAGCCUGACGAAAUCUCAGCUGAAAGAAAAAGAAGGCCGUAAACACAGCUGCCUCAAAUAAUUCUGUCUAUCCAUGUCCAUACAUUGCAUAUGUAUUUGUGUCUGUGUAUGUAUAUAUGUAUGACACACACACAUAUAGCUUCUUCUUCUUCUU